UACUUCUUCAAGGUGAACCGGGUAGUGCUUUUUUCAAAACGUCUACAUUUUCUGACUUGUUUUCGCAUCAUAAUGAUACCUGAUGUAAGUCUAUGCAUUUCGUUCAUUUUCUGUAUAAACCGUCUAUUUUAACGUGACCGAACAUCAGACAAUGCUUCUGAUGAAUCAGGCAGAAGACUAGGGACACAGGAACAGUUAGGGAAGUAUUCGUCACUCCGUAAGAUAUUUCUGACCUUAUCAAAAGUCUAAAAUGCAGAGCGAUUUGUUCAGUAGUAGCCGACGUAGUUAGCAUUUUUGGGCAAUAGGUAGUUAUUCUGAUCGACGUGUCAUGGUAAUCAAGCUAGAGUGUAGUUACCAAAACAAGUGAGGUCAACGAUAUCGAAGACUUACGGAACUAUUUAUUUUGGGGAUUGAUUCAUCGUUACAGACACUCUAGAAAUUAGAUUAGACCUUUAAGAUUGGGUUUUUUACAUCUGUAAGUGACAUUAAUGAAGAUGCUAUUACCGUUUAUAACCAAUGUAUGUGGAUUGACUAAGACACUAAACUAUGAUUCCCUAUUUAGCAGACUCCUGUCAUCAUUGCAGCUCAUGUGGACGUAAUUUAUACGACACCCGACGCUAACCCUAACUGUCUCAUCUCUGACUGCCGAGAAACAUUCAGCUCAAUACUUCAAAACCUUUUUCGUCUGUCUGUAGAAGCCAUUUAAAAUUCCUACCACUCAUUUUUAAUGUAAUUGCCAGUAGAUAAGUACCUUUAGGCGUCUUUUAAUUCUUAUCCGAUGUGCCCUUCAUAGUGGUAAGUUUAUUUUAUCCGUAGUUGAAAACCUUUUCAAGUAACCGUGCCUUUAUUCGCUAAUGUACAUAUCUUCGGUGAAGUAGCUAUUGGUAGGUUUAAAAACAGCAAUUUGUUAUGAAAACUUUUGGCUUCUGUUAAUUCUUUUUUGUCGGCUUUCCAAUUCUACUGAAAUUGGAUACUGCCUCUGGGUUGUAGUUGAGCUCUUGUUCAUUAUACUUUCUUAAUCAUUAUUCAAAAUUUUUGGCUAUGGGAACUACUGUCACACGUAACCUGUUUCUUCUAUCUUUCUUAGACAUUUUAAGCAUUGUAUUUUGAAUAAAUUAUCACUAAUCAUUAAUUUCCGCUUGGUCGUUUUCAGAAUUAAGCGACUUUUAUUCUGAGUAAUAGCUCUUAGUGAUACUCGAUUCUCAGUGUACCGUUACUUUGAAAUAUUUCACAGAAUUAACCGUCAAAAUAUCAGUGGAAACAAAUCUACUUGGCAUUCUAUCAUAUUGGCCAAAGCAAACUUCAGCAUAUUAGAUAUCAUUUAUCCACUUUCUAAUCUUUCAGACAACUGUUUUACUAUGAAAUAUCUACACGGUACUUUUAUGAUUAGUUGUAUGUCAGUUCCCUCAAGUUUUUAUAAAUGUUAAGUUUAUCACAGUUUUUACUGCUUAACAUACUUCCUUUUGUUUUUAACAAUGCCAUAGCCAUCCGAAUUAGUUCACGGUAAAUCAGUCGAUAUAGAAAAGCCUCGAUAUGAUCAGUCCACAUACAUUGGCAGAGCCAAACACUUUUUUAUUACAACUAAUCCUUUGAACGCAUUCAAAACAUCUACUGAAUUAGAAGAAGCAAGGACCAUCGUUCAUAAUUAUAGGAUAGGGAUUAUUCAACCCGGUUUAACUGUAGAAAAGCUUUGGCAAGCAAAAAAUGUGUACGACUCAGCGUUCCAUCCAGACACAGGAGAAAAAAUGAUACUCAUUGGACGCAUGUCAUUUCAAGUUCCUGGGAAUAUGUUUAUAACGGGUUGUUUGCUACAGUUUUACAAGUCUACACCGGCUGUCAUAUUUUGGCAAUGGUUUAACCAAACAUUCAAUGCCGUUGUAAAUUAUACUAAUCGUAGUGGUGACGCACCUAUUUCAUUAACACGUCUUGGGAUAUCAUAUGUUUUGGCUACUGGUGGAGCAUUAGGCACCGCAUUAACUAUCAAUAAACAAGUUCAAAAAUUCCCUCCUAUAAUUGGUCGAUUUGUACCAUUUAUUGCAGUCUCUGCAGCUAAUUGUAUUAAUAUUCCAUGUAUGAGAAGUGCAGAACUAACUGAAGGUACACCUAUAUUGGAUGAAAAUGGUGAGAAAUUGGGUAAAUCAACUGUUGUAGGACGUAGAGCUGUUAGUCAAGUGGUUUUAUCACGAAUAUUAAUGGCUUCCCCUGGAAUGACAAUUUUGCCUUUUGUGAUGCAGUCAUUAGAAAAACAAAAAUUGCUUAUUCGUUAUCCUUGGCUGGGAGCUCCAAUACAAAUUAGCUUAGUCGGUUUAAUGUUAUCACUUGUAACACCUUUAUGCUGUGCUGUAUUCCCACAAAUCAGUUCAAUUCCAUUUCAUAAACUUGAACCUGAUGUUCAAGCACAUAUUAAAGAAAUUCGAUCUGAUCGGUUACCUUCAGUUGUUUAUUAUAAUAAAGGUUUAUAAUUUGUUUUAAAUAAACAAAAACAAAAUAAAUGAAUGUUCGAAUUAAAUUCCAUAUCUGUAAGAAGAAAAUUAAUUUUAUAUGAAUGUAUUCCAUUUAUUCACAAUUGCAUUUUAGUUAUCAUUCUAAUAUUAUUUUUGUCAAAUGAUUUGUUAGAUUUGAAAUAGUCCAUUUAGAUGCAAUGUAUUUAAUAUACUUUUCUGGUGUAGAACAAUUGAUUUCAUUCAUUUAAACAAUAUUUCUACUUCUCUAACUAUUUAGUAAGUGUUCGAAGUAAUUGAAUAUACUGAGGAAUUGUUUCAUUCUUCUAAAGGUAUGACGUUUUUAAUUAUUUGAAUCACCAGGUUUCCCGGUGCUCCUCUAAUAGUUAUUGGUAUUAU